CUAACUAACAUGAACUUGAACCCACAAUUCAUUUAGCUAAGCAAGUUAAGCUCUGCCAUGUGCUCGAGCGCCUUGGAUAGCGCUCUGGAAACAAAAAAAUAUUCCAUCUUGGAGUGUAAACAAAUAGCUGUCAAGUGUGUGAGUUCGAAUGCCUGCACGUGUGAUAAAUAUUGAUAUUGUACAUCCUGUCGCUGGGUUGUACUUGGUCAAUUAAUGAAAUAUACUCUAAAACGAAAGAAGAAUAUAAUGAUAGAUUGCUUAGAAUAGCGCAACAAUAGUGUUUAUGAGGACUAUAAAUAUAUUUUGAGGCAAGUGAGCUGUGUGAGGAGACGACUGAGAGGCGGCGACGACACUUGAGGUGAUGGCGGCGGAAACGACUGUGGGAGCUGGGAGCUCCUCGACUCAUUCUGGCUGGGCUGGCUCCAUCAGGGAUGUUGUCUCAGUUUUAUUAUAUUGCCAGGAAGAAAGAGGAGCAGACAUACAGGUGCUGGCAUGUGAGAACGAAGGCGUGUUGUGUCUGGCCAGGAAGGUGGUGACAGCUGAGGAUGCUUGCCAAGACUCUGCCACAACUGCCCUCCCAGAUAAUACUGCUCACUCAAGUGACACUACAUCUUCACACCUUCCUUUAUGGCCUAGAGAUGUAAACUACUGCCAUGUAGCUCAAAACAUUGCAGAAAGAAUUACUAAAGAGAUUUCAUGCGACUUCUCGAUGCCCCAGCUUGUGUUACUUACAAGAGUGUAUGUUCCUACGUUACGUAGACACUACCAUCAUUAUGUAUUUGCACUGAACAUUAUCAAAGACCAAUGGAAACAAUUGCAAAUUAUAGAUGGUCAACAAAAGCUUACAAUGAGUGAACUGAGAAGUAUUCCUGGCAGCCAAUUAGAAAGACAAGACAUACUACUAGUUGCGGAACAUGUAAACAAGCAGUUAACUGGUGAGAGCCUUUGUGUAGGGGCCAUUGUGAGAGAGGUUGGUCCGCAUCAGGUUUGGCGACAGGUUGAUGCUAACCAGAGAACACCUGUUGAUGCAAUACUGAGAUCAUCAGGUUAUCGUGAACAGGAUAUAGAACUUUUUUUUGAGGAAUUUGUGAGAUGUGGCUAUCCUCACUCAACAGUUUCUUACCUAGAUAUGAAGCAGUUGAUUUCUGAGUUAGGUUGGAAAGGUAAAGAAAAGGAUAUAUUUAGAGCAAUUGACAGAAAAAAAGAGGGGGAGUUAGGUGCGCGGGAGUUUAUUUUGGGGCUGACCGCUAUGGAUCCAAUGACAAGUCAUGGAAAAGAACCUGCAGAAUUAAGGUGUCGUUGCAUAUUUAAGUAUUAUGAUAAAAAUGAUGAUGGAGUUCUGGAGGUGCACGAAGUGAAGGAAAUGGUGCGGGACAUUGCUGUAUUACAUGGUCAUGAAAUUACUGAUGAGAUCAUUAAGGAAAAAAGUAAAGCAGCUCUUGAAAUUUUUGGUGUAGGCAGUGACUCAAAAGUGCCUCUGCUAAAUUUUCUCUUGGCUGUGAGUUCUCUUCGGUUUCGGGGUACUUCCUUGCUCUUCCGUUCCAGCAUGUCUGUCGUCCCCCAUUUGGUUCACAAAAAUGGGUUAGCCAGAAAAAAGGAGCACCAAACUCCAUUUGGAAUCCCUGCCACACCCAGACUGGAUUGCCCAUUUUCACCUGGACUGAAACCCAAAAAGUUUAAAAAGAAUUCUACAAUGGAUUAUGAAGACAACGAGAAUAACGUUUCUUCUAGGAAUACUGUUUCUCGGGAGAAGGAAAAGGGUAACCAGGAUGUGGAGAUGCAGUGUCUUAGCAGCAACUCAGAGGCUUCAAUUCCUCUAAGUGGUGGAGCGUUUCAAUGUUCCAACCCUGACAACUAUGUCCUUGCUCAACACACAGUGAAGGUACGAAGAUCAGGUCAGAUCACCGACAUUCAUCUCCUCCUUGAUAUGGAACGUGCAGGUGAGGUGUGUGACACUGGCUUUGAUGUUGAUGAGAUCAAUUCCUGUGAAUCUAAUGGAGACCGCAGAGGCAGUAAGGAUAUUUGUUGCACGUCUUCAAAGCCAUUGGAAACUGUAUCAGACUCACGCAACAGACUGUUUGACAGAUUUCAGUCAGUAGAGGCCUUCAACCUGAAAUCUCUCCCUAAUGAGAUGGUUGCUGCACUACGAUUUUUUGAACAUCAAAAGAAGGAUAAGCCAGCUUUAAACUGGGGAGAGGUUGAUAUGAUAAAACUUGGGCAAUAUAUUAUUUCCUUGUGCUCGGCUACCAAAGAGUUGUUUGAGAAUGAGUCACGUCUUUUAAGAUUGGCCACACCCUGCUACAUCCUAGGUGAUCUUCAUGGAAAUUACCAAGACUUAAUUUGUUUUGAAAAAGCUCUCUGGAGAGUGGGUCCCCAUCUUACGCCAGCAAACUUCCUGUUUCUGGGGGAUUAUGUUGACAGGGGUGAUUAUGGCAUUGAGGUGGUUGCUUACUUAUUUUCCCAGAAGCUUCAGGCUCCAAAUAAGUAUUUUCUCCUGCGAGGCAACCAUGAAGUUAGAGACCUCCAGAAAAUGUUUACAUUUCAACAAGAAUGUUUAAAGAAGUUUGGUACCCUCCUUGGAAAAAGUGUUUGGGAUGCCGUUAAUGACGUUUUUGAUUGUAUGCCACUUGCUGCUAUUGUUGAUAAGAAGAUCUUCUGUAUCCAUGGUGGAAUUCCGAAAUUAGAAGGAUGUUUGUCCGAGCUGGACAAUAUUCCGUGUCCUCUAAAAAAUCCUGAAUCUCAGAGCAGUUCAGCAUGGCAAAUGAUGUGGAACGAUCCUGUUGCAGCUGAGGACAUGACUGAUGAUGUGCAAGGGGAACUAAUAGCAAACAGAGGAUUUGCCUUCAAUGAGAAAAGACAAACUGCUUGUGUAUUUAAUCGAGCAGCUUUUGAGAACUUCCUCAAGAGACAUAACUUUACUCAUGUUGUCAGGGCACAUGAAGUCAAACAAGCUGGCUUUGAGAUACAACAAGGAGGACGACUUUUGACUGUGUUCUCUUCAUCUCAUUACUGUGGGGGCAGCAAUGAGGCGGCAUGCAUACUUGUCCACAAUUAUAGAAUUAGAGUCAUUAGAAUUGAUACCUCCUAAAACACAAUACUUCACCUUAGAUGUAAAGUAUAAUUCUUUGUAAAGAAGUUCUCAUUUAGAAUAAUUUUCAUAUACCAAUAUUCAUUUGUUCUUGUAUUAUUUAUUUUUUCAUUCAUACUAUUUGUUAAUCAAAAGUUUCCUUAAGAAAAAUUAUAUAUGUUUAUGUACUCUGCUGUAUAUAUAAUGCAAGGGAAUCAUAUACUAUGGCUUAAAUAUCAAUUUGAUUUGUAAAGACACACAACAGCACCAUUAAUUUCUGUACUGGUCAUGCUGUGAUUUUUUCUUUGCAUUUAUUACCCCAGUAGAAUGCAGAUUACUUAAGAACAAAACUCAAUAACUAUGCCAGCACAUUGUAGCAUUUGUUUCAGGGAUCAUUAAAAAUAUUGGUGUUUGUUAUUUCAUUUACAACACUAGACACUAUCUGUUAAAUUGAAUAGUUUCCAUAAAUUUUAUGAUCCACAAAAUACUGCAUUUAAACUUAAAUACAUGUACUUCAGUGUUUUGAACAAUUAAUAAAUAAAAAUGUAUACAAUAAAUUA